AUGCCGACUCAGCCAGCGAACCCAGAACCGGCGCAUCCUGAAGUAGACUCGAUGCUCUCGCGAAAGUUCGGCAAGGAAGUCGCCAACUACUUCUCCGGCUCGCCCUUGAACCGCCUCUCCUUCCUGCGAGGCGACCACACCUUCCUCUCUCAGGCGCUCAAGCACCCCUCCACCAGCUUCCUCCUCUGCAACGACCUACAACCUCUCGUCCAGCCCAACACCCCACCCGGCCGAGGCAAGCUGGCCUAUGUCACCUACCAACAUGUCCAGCCCAUCAUUGGCGACGACCCUUUCGCGGAUUCCGAGCACGACAUCAUCAAGGCCUUCGAUUCCGAGCUCUACGUCCCACAGAUGAUCUUUCUCGGCAUCGACGAGAAGGAUGAGGAAGGCCUGACGUAUCAGGGAAAGAAUCGCUACACCGGAGCCCCGUACUUCGCCCUCGACGUCACGCCCCAGCAUGCCUUGAAGGAGAAGUGCGAGAGGUUAAUAGCAGACCUGAAGGAGAAGGGCUUGGAGUUUGGCAAGGGCAGGAUGAUGGAUGUGGAAGCGUCAGACGGUAACAACUCACACCCCCUCCGACUGGAAUCUCAUACUGACGUCCACCGGAGCUGCGAUAUAUGCCGAAGCUCGCCAAUUGCUCGAUUGGAACCUCCGCAAUCCCUUCUGCGCUGCGUGCGGCCAUCCCACCAUGAGCGUCAACGCCGGCUUCAAACGCACCUGCCCUCCAGCCGACAAGUCCUUCAAGUCGCGCAACCGCCAGAAUGCCCUUCCCUCCACCCCCGAGCCGCCCGGAGACCCGAACGCUCGACCGCCCUGCGCCACCCGACAUGGCAUCUCGAACCUCUGCUUCCCUCGGACCGAUCCAACCGUCAUCAUGGCAGUCGUGAAUUCCACCGGCGAUAAGAUCCUCCUCGGGAGACAGAAGAGAUGGCCACCAUACUGGUACUCCACACUGGCAGGCUUUGCCGAACCGGCAGAGUCAAUCGAGGAGUCAGUACGACGAGAAGUCUACGAAGAAGCCGGUGUCCUGGUGGGGCGGGUGGUCAUACACUCCACGCAACCCUGGCCAUAUCCUGCAAACUUGAUGAUCGGCGCCGUGGGGCAGGCAAUCCCUACCGGCGAGACGAUCGAUCUGGGAAAUGACCCCGAGUUGGACGAUGCGAAGUGGUUCGACUUGGACACGGUGCGCCACGCUCUGAGAGUAGGAACAUCCGGUCUCGGGGAAGAUGCAGGCUCGGAAUACAAGGAAGGCGGUCUCAGGCUGCCGCCGAACACGGCCAUCGCGAACCAGCUGAUGACUGCGGUCUGCAAUGGCUUUGCGAGUGGAGAUGCGAAGAUGUAG